UGGCCGUUGAACUCGGGUGAAAUGUGUAACCGAAAUUUGAAUGAUUAACGUAAUAAAAGUGCAUUAAAAGUGUAUAAUUAUUUGUGUUUUAGUGAUAAUUUACUUUUUAUCGACUUCAUAAUCGCGAAAAUAUAAUUAAAACAAGUAGAUAAUUGUUAGUUACCGGAAUAUAUUAUUCUAAAAAUGGUAAAUUUACUCUAACAGUGCUCCGACCGUGUAUUCAAAUAUUUGUGUCUCAUUUAAUGAUUUUUAUUAUAAGAGUAUUUAGUCAAAGCUAUUUUACAAGUCGAGAAAAACGAAGUCAAUCCGCAAGGUCGAGAAAAGAAUUAAAAUGCAAAGACACCCGUUAUAGGGGUUAAGAUGGGGACAGUUGGUCCAUUUGUGUGAGUAUCCUGUAAAAAGCAUACAUACAUACACACAUACAACGCUAGUAUUUCUAAACAUGUAUACAAAUACAUACAGUUUUCAUUUUUUUGCUUGUGUGAGUUGCGUUUGGUUGUUAUUAGUUGACGAUUGUGCCACCACGUUGUAUGUUCGCGGCGCCACUGGCUCAUUCCCCCAUCGGUGCUCGAAGUGCACUGACGUUAAUGCGUCAUUCGGGGAAGUUUCGCGUGAAAAAACGUAAAUUUUCUCGACGAUUAAACAAUUUAUUAAGUCGGUCGGUGUGAGACAAUUAGUGCAUUUGAAUAGUGAUCAGUGUGUUUCGUAUUUGUGAUCGAAUUGAACGAAAACUUAUUGGAACGCCAACGACACAGCCUACGGAGCGCGUCCCUGCCACCAUUCUGAGUUCCUAUACAUAUAUUCGUGAAUUGGACGAGGGUGCGGAACAUCUCAGAAAAAAGAGAAAUCUGGGAAAUUAUUACCUUUUCUUGAAUCAGGAGAUGUCAUAACGCAAGAUAGAGAAGCAACAUCUGGAAGAAUAAUCACUCCCAAUUGGUGUGAUGGGUCCUUGUAAAGAUGCCAUUAGCUAUGAGUUGAGACUUGGAAAUUAAUUGGGACCGGCAUGGAGAAGGAGAACUCCGCGUCGGGUGGCAGCGGAGGCGGCGGGGGUGGUAGCGAGGCAACGGCGACGCCGGGCGCCACCUCCACCUCCGAGAAACUCCAGGCGGACCAAGCCAACCCCCUGCUCGAUCCUGCCGCCCUUUUUGGUGCGUAUUGGCCAAGAGGUGACAGCACAGCGUCAUCAUUGUUUGGAGGAAUACCUGGAGGAUAUGGACUGGGGGCACAUCAUUUGCCCUCGGCUUAUGCCAUUUUGGGUCGAGGUGGUUCUGCUCCUGGUUAUGGUGGUCAUACACCAGCUUCCGCACCACCUCCGCCACCUUAUUCUCACAGUAGUCUUGGAACCCUCAGUGUUGCUGCCAGUCAAGCUGCGAGCUUAGGUAUUAAUCCUGCGAGCGCAGCUUGGUGGACAAUGGCUUCGCACUUGGCUGCGCAGGACUACCUCGCGAGGUUACAAGGAGCCGCAGGACUUUCAGGGUUUCCACCUAGUGCAGAAAGCCUUCUACCUCCUUAUCCCACUUCUUUACUUAAUCCAUCGUCCCUAUCGUCGUCUCACAAGUCCAGUAAGUCUAAGUCAAGCAAGAGUCACAAAACUCCUACAAGCAGCACUAGUUCAACAACUCAUAGUCUGACAAAUACUUUGACAGUAACAAGUCAGGCUCCGAUUACGACUGCAACUACUCAUCACAGUAGUACAUCUUCAACGAGCAGUACAACCAAUUCGCAACCGAAUGUUGUUAGUUCUGCAAAGGAAGGAAGUGAUCCUAGCAGUAUACUGGGUGGCGUUCGUUUGCCACCGGACACGGAAAUUAUUAAGUAUACAUCGAGUAUUGUUGGUCCAAAAAUUCCUGGAACAACGAAUCGAGGCAGAAAGAAAACGAUCUCACUCGACUCGCCAAGUGUCAGCGUCCUUGGUACAGGAUUAUCUGGACAUCAAACAAAUACCCCGCCAUCUUUGAUGAUAGAAGCACGAAAAUUCAAUCGCACUCCGAAUGAAUCAAGCGAGUACAGAGAUUCCGCGGACAGGGUUGAAGUAAUUAAAUUGCCAGCGCAUUCAACUAACGGUUCUAUUCUAUCGGCACCAACUUACACGACUAGUAAUACCAGCGGUGCAAAUGAUGGCGAUGCACCUUUAAAUCUUUCCUUGAAACCUUCUUCGACGAGUAGCAGUUCACCAACAGCCAGUUGUCAACCCCUCACUCAACUCAGUAAUCUGAGUCAAUCGCUACUCGCUUCUGAUCGAACAUAUUGUAAUCUAAAUAAUUCGUAUGCAGCGCGGCGUAAACCAGGUCCAAAGCCAAGAAGAGUGCCGCAAAAUUCAAUGCCAGUGCCACCAUCGCCGUCGCCAUCGUUGGCGCAAUUAUUUGCCGCCGCUGAUUCACCAUCGCGACCAAGUAGCGGCAGCGAGGAAAGUGAAAGUCCAAGUGCAACACAUCAUAAAGAUGGUAGACCAAGAAAUCUUGGUCGUGGUGUAUCGAAACCAAAAAAGAAUACAGUCGCGUCACUAUUGGCGCAAAGUAGAGCCCUUGGUAUUAAACCAACGCCAGGUUCACUUGAUCCCAAUGUUCCUUUAUCGCAUCAAGUCUCAUUACUCAGGUCAAAUAUACUCGCAGCUCAACAAUUUAACGCUACUCUCUUCCAGGGCGACGACAAAAAUCAAAAAUCUUUACAGGAGAAGAUGAAAAAUAGACUGUUGGAAGUCUCGGGUGAGGAGAGCAACAUGGAUGUGACCAGUGAGAGUGAAAGUAAUACUGACGCGAUAACAGACACUGACGAUGAUAAUGCAGAAGGUAUACCGAGCGCAAAAAAGAGGAAACUUAAUUCUAGUGAGAAAGAUCUUCAAAUUCCCCUUGAACGUGGAUGGAAGAGAGAGACAAUCAUCAGGGGUCUUGGUAAAACUGGAGUUAUCAAAGGCGAAGUUUCUUAUCACAGUCCUUGUGGAAAAACUUUCAGAAAUAGUCCUGAACUUCUUAAGUUCCUCGAGCAUCAGAAUCCAGUUGAAUUGACACCGAUGAAUUUUACAUUUUCAUCAAAGCCACUUGUUGGUGAAUUCCUUCAGCCAACGAUGGGUUUGGCUGAGGCUGAAUUUGUGCGACUCAGCUCACAAGAAGUAGCGACAAGACUAGAAGAAUUGAAAGCCGCUGGCGGCUUUAGAGACGGUAGGGUCAAUAGUCAAUACGAGAAGGACAAAUUGGCAUAUGCCAAAAAACUCGCCAAAGAAGAAGCGCAACGUCACAAAGAGCAAGCCAGGUUACUAAAGGAGCAAGAAAAGAAUGAGCGCCAGGAAGCUGUUAGACGAGAGCGUGAGAUCAGAAAUCAACAACUCUUGGAGAGGAGAAAUCAUUCGAGUUGUGCCUUCUUCUACGAGGAAGCGGAAAACAGCCAGAUUCGGGGUCGAAAGCGGCUCGCGUUCACAAUCAAACAGAAAAUGAAGAUCAUCCAAGAGAUUGAGAGGGGAAAAAGUAAGAGCGAUGUGGCCCGGGAAUUGGGAUUGGCGAGCAGCACUGUGGCAACAAUUUGGAAAAAUCGUGAGAGCAUCGCCGAGAGCUGGAGGAAUCGUGACGUGAUGCAGUCGGACAUGGACAUCGAGUCAGCUAAAAAAAUCAUCACCACCAGCAUUCCAGGUGUUGUCAAUCUUGGAUCAUCACCAUUGCUGUCAACCUCAUUGCUGACACCACUAUCAACAGCCUCAACCACCACAACAACAUCAUCAUCAUCGCCACUCAUCACAAAUAUGACGACAACAUCACCGUCACAACAACAACUGGACAACAUGCACCAGAUCCACACCCUAACGCAAAAUCAGGAACUGCUGCAGGAGGCCCGGAAAAAGCGGCAGGAAGAGGUCGAGAGGGCUCGAAUGGAGGAGCAACAGCGGAAGCAACAGGAGCGCGAACUUAAGAAGCAACAAGCGGUAAUGCUGAAGGAACAGAUUUACAUGCAGGAGCUCACCAAGCAGCGCGAGAUGCUCUACACCGUCGAGCUGGAGAGAGAAAGACGAAGACAGCAUAUGGGUUUGGUGCGAGCUUUGGAAAAUCGAAGAAAAUUGGAGGAACGAGAGAAGAAACGUCUUGAAGCCAGAGCAGAAAGAAUAGCGACAAAGGAAAAACGAGCAGAACAGAGAAAAAUGGAAAUGGAGUUGGUCGAACAAAUCAGAAAACCUGUCGAAGAUAUGGAACUCACUGAUCAUAGAGCAUUGCCGGAUGUAAAACGUAUACCAGGUCUAAAAUUGUCAGGAAAAGCUUUUGCCGACAUUGUCAUGGUAUUUGAAUUCUUACACAACUUUGGCGAAACCUUAGGCUUUGACAUGGACUCGCUACCAAGCUUAAAAAGUUUACAAAUGGCACUUUUGAAUGACGAGGAAGCCGAGGAGGAAAUGUUAUCUGUGAUGACACAUUUAUUAGUUUGCGCAAUUGAAGAUCCAGGUAUACCGCAACCUGCUAGACAUACAACUGGAUUGGGACAAAGUCUUCGUCAGGCGGACAUUACACAUGCGAAUAUUAGCGAAGUCCUAAGGAUUUAUCUCUAUGCAAAUGCAACUGGUGAAGUUAAGGCAUUAACUGGCGUUUGCCUUGAACGUGAGAGGGACAAAAAAUUUGCCGAUCAUCAUCAAAAUGGUGGUGAUUAUGCAUUCACUUGUUCAGGAAAAAAUGCUCAAUUCUAUGAGCAUCUUCAUAAUAAUGAAACGUGGAAAAUGUCUGAACGAUUACGCGAUAAACCGUUCCUCGCCUUAAAUUCCACACAUAAAGCGCAAAUGCUCGCAUUCCUUUGCAAUGAAUUGCUACAAAAUAAGGCUGUGAUCAAACAAAUUGAAGGGAGUUUGGAAACUGUAGCACAAUUGAAAAAGGAACGAUUUGUUCUUGAUACGAAAAUUAGGAAAUUGAGACAGUUACACAGUCGAAAAGUAAGAAUGGAAGCGGUGGGUGUUAUUGUCAAUAAGACUGGUGAUACAAUAACAAUUGAGAAGAAAGAGGUUGACGAGGAGGGAAAUACAACAUCGUCAGCAGUUGAAACAACAUCAACGCCUGAGGAAAUACAUCAUGAGGAUGAAGUUGAGGAUAUGUCUGAAAAUGAAAGUGAAGGAACUCAACCGGAAGAGGAAGAGGACAAGAAUUUAUCAGGCGAGGAACUUGGUAAAAAACUCGAUAAACUUUUGAAACAAUCAGAGGAACAAUUGCAAAAAUUGAAUGGCUCGUCAAAGCAAUUGAGAGCACAUGUUUUUGGACAAGAUCGAUAUUGGAGGAGAUAUUGGGAAUUACCAUGCUCUGGUGGAAUAUUUGUUGAGGCAAUGGAGAGUGCAGAACCCGAGAUACUUGAUCUUCAAGCGGAACUCGAUGAGAAAUAUAAAAAUAUGCCAAUUGAAGAGAAACCUGAGGUAAAACAAGAGGAAGUAAAAACAGGAACGGAGAAUCGUGAGAAUGAAGCACCAAAUGAAGUAAAAGAAGAGCGUGUAGUUCACAAAGAGGAGAAUCUAAAGCCACUUGAUGAGAAAACUAAAUUUGAGGUGGAUGAUGUCAACUGUAAAAAAGAGGAGAAAAUUAAUUGUAUUGCUGAGAAUUCAAAACACAGUGUGGAUGAUAAUACAAAGAAUGAUGUCGAUACAAAUAAUAUGACUGACGCAAAAACAAAUGUCACGUCUGAGGAAAUAAAACAGGAAACUGAAAUAAAAAUGGAUGUUGAUGUUAAAGAGGAGGAUGUCAAGAAGGAGAAUAGUGAGGAGAAAUCACCGAAACCUGUUAUUAAAAUGGAGGAUAAAAUUGUUGAGGCUAUUCCCAAUGGUGAUAAAUUUAAUCAUGUUAAUAAUUUGCACAAUGGUAAAGAUAUCAAUGGAACUUUCAUUACGGGUGUUAGCAAUGAGACAAAUUGGUUUUCGAUUCUCCCGCGUGAGACGUGCGACGUUUCUGGACCAAGUACUAAACAAAUUUUCGGCAUUGUCGAACCAACGGAGCUUAGAAUUCCAGUUUUUCCACCACCAGCUAGUCCAAAUUAUGACAGGUGUGAUAGUCCAGCGCCUCUUGUUUUGACUCAGGAUGAAGCAACACAACUAGAGUACCUGAAAGUCCAUGGUCUACCGCCUCCUGGCGAAGCGAAACCAGUGCCAAAUGAUUUGCGAUACGGUUGGUUUAGAAUAACAGACUUGGACACAUUUCAAGAAUUAUUGGAACAUCUUCACUCGCGUGGCGUGAGAGAAAAGGAAUUGAAACGCACAACAUGGGCAACUAUGGAAUCCUUCCUGGCAGUGACGGGGAAAAUUAAUGUCGAUCCAGGAAAUAUGACAGCCACCGAUAUGAGUGGCGAUGGUGACGAUGAAGAUUUACCAAUUCCAAAGCCUGACAAUCCUGAGGAUUGGUGCGAACAAGUUGCAUUGCGAGUCGACGCUCAACUCCUCGAACAAGUCGAAGCACUCGAGGAUAAAGUUGCGAAUGCAAGUAUGCAAGUUAAAGGAUGGAAAUUACCACCAAGAGCCGGCACCGAGGAAGCUGAGGAACUUGAAAAACUCCAUGAAAUGGAACAAGUUAGCGCCGUUGAACAAGCGCGACAAAGGUUACUCUCCCUCGAAGCGGCAAUUGAACGACGAUACUUGAAACCACCGUUGGGAAUUUGCACUGGUGAUCCAAAUUUGGCGGCAUUAAAAGCGGAACAGGCGGCAGCAGCUGCGGCAGCUAAUUCAAAUUCAUCGGAUCAAACACCACCACCUCCGCAUCAUGAAGAAACAACACCAAGGGGUUUGAAUAAUUGGCGUGAAGCAACGGCACGCGCUCACACAUCGGCACAAUUGGCGAUGGCACUCUACAUGCUGGAAGCGAGCAUCGCCUGGGACAAGAGCAUCAUGAAGGCUGUGAGUCUAAAACGAGCUAGAAAACCAAGCAGCGUGAAACAACGAAAUCGCGGCGUCUCACUCAAAGCUACUACUACCACUCAGUACAAACAGCUAUUGACUACUACUCAGGCCUCUAAUUGUCAAUUUUGCCAUAGUGGCGAUAAUGAAGAUAAGUUGUUGCUUUGUGACGGCUGUGAUCGCGGCUACCAUACUUAUUGUUUCCGUCCAAAAAUGGAAAACAUUCCCGAUGGAGAUUGGUAUUGUCACGAGUGCAUGAACAAGGCGACCGGCGAACGAAAUUGUCUUGUAUGCGGGAAACGUGUCGGCAAGAAUUUGGUGCUUUGUGAAUUAUGUCCCCGGGCUUAUCAUACCGAUUGUCAUAAUCCUGUAAUGCCAAAGAUGCCGAGAGGAAAGUGGUACUGCUCAAAUUGUCAUAGUAAACAACCAAAGAAAAGAAAUAGCAGUCGUCGGAGUCAUUCUAAAGGUGGAGCAGCAGCAGCUGCUGCAGCAACAGCGGCAACUGCAACAACACCAACAACACCAACAACAGGAGGAGGAGGAGAAAAAGGUGGCGGUGCAGCAGCAACAACAACCAGAGAGAGUGAAAGUUCUGAUCAUCCACCAGCUAGUCCAACGCCAUCAACGACGUCCAACACACAUGCGGAGGACGUGAGCUCAUCGGAACCACCAACGCCAACACCAUCGCCUAGAAAGGAAGCCAACAACCGGACAUUGACGAAAAAACAACAACGUGAAAUUGCCCCAUGUAAAGUACUUCUUGAACAACUGGAACAACAGGACGAAGCAUGGCCCUUCCUCUUGCCAGUAAAUACAAAACAAUUUCCAACUUAUAAGAAAAUUAUCAAAACGCCCAUGGAUCUCAGUACGAUUAAGAAAAAAUUACAGGACUCCAUGUACAAGUCGCGAGAUGAUUUUUGUGCCGACGUGAGACAAAUGUUUAUUAAUUGUGAAAUUUUCAACGAGGAUGACAGUCCAGUUGGCAAGGCAGGUCAUGCAAUGCGCAACUUUUUUGAGACACGAUGGACCGAAAUUACUGGCAGUCCACCGCCACUGCCACCACCUCUUCCACAGACUCAUAGCUGAGGUUCAGCACGCGCUCGCAACAGCUGCAACAGUUUUGCACAUUUCUAUUACUGAAAAGCUGAACGCGAGUGUCCACGCAUGAUUAUUAUUCAAAUUUCAAGACUUUAAUCUUUUUUCGAAGACAACAUUAUUCGUGGAUCGCGUUAUAGCGGUCAUCAUUUAUUUAAAAAAAAAAAAAAAAAACCACCGGCAGACAAUUAUUAUCGCGAUACGCUUAAAAAAAUCGAAUAGAUUUUUUUUUUAUUUAUUUAUUUUCCUUUUUUGGUUUUUUUCAAUUUUGUCUGCGGCAUUAGCGUUCAAUUGCCAAUUACAAGUUCUCUUAUUAAUAUUAUUUUUUUCCCCCUUAAAACAAAUAUACUCUCUUAUCAAGAGACUGCUUUUUGAUUCAUUUGAAUCAACUAUAGAUUUUUUAAAGCCUGAUGAACUUUGCAAUGUUUCUUUCGUUCUCGAAGAUAUUUCUUUUUUAAUUUAAAACACAUUUCAUUUUUCAGUCACGAUAAAAAACGAUUCGUUAAAUUAUCAUUUUUUUUAAUUAAAUAGAGAUGAGAUUUUUUUUUUUCUAAAUAAAUGAAUCAGUAAAGAUCGUUAGAAAAAACAUGUUUAGUUGAAAUUAAUUAACAAAUUUUUUUUGUUAAGUACUUUUUUUUAAAAUUGAUUUAUUAUUUUAAUAAACUGCAUUUUUAAGAAAAGAAAAUGAUAAAUUUGACGAAAAAGAAAAAAAUUUAGAUUGAACCGAAAGCGGGUCGAUGUACUUAUUAUAUACACAAGAAUGAUUUCUUCCUAAAAGGAAGAGAUUAUGGAGAGAUUCCGGGUUAUAUUAAAUAUAGUUGUAGUGCCGAUGGAUCUUCGGUUUAAAGAAAUAUUUUGCAAAAUAAUUAAUUAAUGUGAGAAAGAAAAAAAAAAGAUAUAUAUGUGUAUAAAUAUGUAUAUUAUACAGUGUAUAGAUAUGCAUAUAGUCGAUUAAUUAAUACUUGUACGCGCACUCACGCUCAUCGAAACUCGAGCACGAUAAAGAAGAAAAAAAAAAGGGUAACGACUGUUUUCAAACUACAAUUCUAAGCGAAUGAGAUUUAUUAAAAAAUAGUCUAAGAACGAAAAUUUAACGCCAUUCCAUAACUUUCUAUUGUUGCUAUUUAAGCUUUGGAUUGUCGCGAUUGUAUUAAGGAAAAAAAAAACAACAACAAAAAUGAGAUGAAUUGACAAGAGUCAUUCAUUGAUAAACGAAGAAAAAAGAAAAAGGCGAGAAAUAAAAUAAAACAAAAGAGACGUAUUAAAUCACAAGUUGUCAGUAUUUUAAUGUAAAUUCAAAUUUCGCAUUAUAAAAUAAAAGUACGAUGAAAAUUUCGUACAAAAAAAAAAGUUUUCUCAUAAAACUGAACAUCCUGUAUUGAUCAUAAUUAAUUAUCAUCUAAUUAAUUGUAAAUAUACAACUUUAAAAAUUUUUGUGCGAGUAGAUCGAAAGAGUGUGUGACGAUUGAUGGCAAACUUAGUAUUUUUACGAAAUUGACUCUUAUUUGUAAAGUAUUAACAAAAAAAAAAAAACAAAAAAAAACAAAAAAAAAACGAUCGAAAACUAGGAUUCAACAAUACAUUGUUGAAAUAAAAUAGUUCUAAUAAUAAUAAUAAACAAAAAAAAAAACCUAUUGACAAAUAGUUCCACUUUGAUAAAGGAACUUUCAAAUAGAAUAAAAAUUUUUAAACAUUUGACUAACAUUCUCAUUUAAAAAAAAAUUUGUGUUUCCAAAAUCUUUCGAUUUGAAAGUCCUUUUAUUUAAAAAAAUAUAAAAAAAAAUAAAAAAAAAAACAAAAAAAAAUUAGAAUUUAAGGCGUGAAACUUAAAAAAAAGUAUUUGGAUCCGUGUUUGUAAAAAAAAAAAAUAGGAUUAUUUCAGCCAAUCACUAGUGUGCUUGUGUGUGCGUGUGUGUUUCCAUUGAGUGGAAAGUGUCUUGUUAAAAAGAAAAAAAAAAAAAAAAAAUGAUACACGUUGAUUACCGAAUUUCAUGGUUAAUAGUGGACAAAGAAAGAUUGAAAAUGUAAAAAAAAUGACGUGCUCUUUGACGUCCAAUUUUUAAAAAAUAGAAAAUCCAUAAAAACGAUUUUUUCCAAAAACAAAAGUCUCUCGAAAUCUUCGAAUUUUUUGUCGAGCAAAGUUUCAAUUUAAAAAAAAAGGAAUGCCUCGACAAUUUAUUGAGAGAUCGCGAACCAACGAAUGCGACUACUUUUUAGCAAAAAAAAAUAAUAAUAUCCCUGGCAAUCUUUUUUUUCUAGUAUUGUCGCGAUGAAAAGAAGAAGAGGAAAAAAAAAAGAAAAAAAUGUUGACAACGCAAAUGUUGCUCGACAUUUGACGUCUUGUUUUAUAUGUAUCUAGUUGAUGUAAAUUAUUUCCGAUAACGAUAAAAAAAAAAUAAUAAACAGUUAUCUUAAUACUGUAUAACGUUAGUAGAGAAUAAAAGUAUUUGCACGAGUAAAAAGAGUACUAAUACCGAGACAAAGCCUAAAAAAAAGAGAGAGCACGCGAGGAAUGCGCCUGUAAGAAACGAUGUACUGCGCCAAUUAAAAGGAAAAAAAAAGUCAAGAUCAAUAUUAAGAGACAAGAAAUUGAGUUCGUAAAAGCAAAAAUUAAAGUACAAUGAUAUUUAUUUUCAUCAUUUUUUGAUUUGUAACUAUUAUUUAGACAUUUUUUUUUAUUUCAUAAUUCUCGUUUUAUUUACUGUUUUCAUUCUCGUUUUCUUGGGUUUAUUUAGUUUUUUAUAUGAGUAAAAAAUUGUUUUUUUUUUUUUUUUUUUUUAAUAUAAAAAUUCAAUCGGCUGUGCAUCGGUUCUGAUGCCGACAUUCUGAUCAGCGUGUGAUUUGCCAUUUCGCGUUAGUGUAAUAGCGAGCGUGUUUAAAAUGAUCGUCUGAAAGCCGAUGACAGGAAAAAAACAAUUAUUUUUUCCUUAAUGUUUAAUUAUUUAUCUGAUACAUUUAAAAAAAAAAUCGUUAGGUAAUGACGCUUUUUAUACGAAUUUUGAUUUUUAACAUCGAUCUUACGGUAUAUUAUAUAGUGUAAUAAUUAAUUGUAAUAGCGAAGGCAGUAAACGAUCACCGAUAUCGAUUUUACCGUAACGAUUUAAAAAAAAAAAAAAAAAAAAAAGUAACGAAAGCGUAAUGAUGGGACGAUGAAUAUAGAAGUAUUGAUUGUCUAUAGUAUAAAAAAAUGAAGGUUUACGAUAGGUGACCUUGCAAUGCUAUUUAAACAGACUUAAUUAAUGUAUUGCAAAAGAAUUAAUAAAGUGUAAGCGAAGCGUGUAAAACAAACUAUAUUGUUUUGUUACUUGUAAAAAAAAAUUUUUUUUUGCGUUUUCUUACUUUUUAAAGUAUCUUUUUAAAGACUUGACCUCUUUUUAGCAUCGUGUUGAAUUUUUUUUUUGUCUUUCUUUCUUUCUUUUCAAUCUCAGAUCUAUUUGCGCGUUUACGAUAAGGUCUUGUGUUUACGAAACAAAUACCUCGUUGUAGCUUCACUUUCACUGAAAAAGUGAUUAACAUACACUCUUGUGAUCUUAUUAAAUUAUUCUCUAUAGGGUAUUAAAUAUUUCUCUUCUA